AUGUCCUCUGACAAUUACUACCAGAACGCCGUGAGGAAAAGGCCGUUCGAUGGCCAAUAUACAGCCACCUCCGUUAUCGUCACCCUGUCCAUCGCAUUGGCCUUCUACAACUCCCUAGAAAUGGUGCUUCUGAUUUUGACCACCUUUAAGAGAAAGACAGGCCUAUAUUUCUGGAGCUUGAGCAUCUGCAACUAUGGCGUCGUGUCGUACACGUUGGGGAUGACGUUGAGUUACUUCAACAUCUGCGACUUUUGGCUGAGUGGGCUUCUGCUCGACUCGGGAUGGCUGUGCAUGAUUACCUGCCAAUCUCUUGUCCUGUACUCGCGGUUGGGAUUGAUCCUCGAUAAUGUCAACAUUCUGAGGGCAGUGAAGUGGAUGAUUAUUGUCACCAGUGUGUUCAUCGGAGGCCCUACGGUGAUUCUGGACUGGGGCCACGCAUAUUCACCCAAUCCAAAGUUUGCCCAAGCGUACUUUUACGUGGAGCAUAUUCAGAUGACAAUCAUCACGCUCCAGGAGCUGAUCAUUUCCGGGCUCUACGUGUGGAAGACGAUGGUUUUGCUCAGAGUCAUUUCCAAGGAAAACACUCGGAGUAUGAUUUGGCAGCUCUUGACCAUCAAUGUUAUGAUUAUCUGCAUGGACACGGCGCUGGUCAUGCUACAAUACAAGCGUCUCCAGCUCUACCAAGAAAGCAUCAAAGGCUUCGUCUACAGUGUCAAGCUGAAACUCGAGUUGAAUAUCCUCUCCAAGCUGGUGGACCUGGUGCAGCGAGAUUCCAUGGACAGAUCGAUGAAUCUGGAAAUCAUUGACGCAAGCUCCCUCGCAGGACAGACGCAAGCAGCGGUGCGACGGGAGUCGUGGAUACCAGGCCAUCUCGGCUCAUGGGCGUCAACCACGGACAAAGGAGUUGAGAAGCACAUGGAGGAGGUCUACAACAGUAAGGCGGCAGACACAUUUCCGGGCUCAAGACCACCGGAUGAGGUCGAUGGCAUCACGCGGGUUUUCUCACAGAACUCUAGAUAUAGUGCGAGGACAGCGCGCCGAGAGUCUGACAUUUUGUAUGCAGAGGUCCUUCGCUCUAUGAAGUAG